GUUUAUAGACUUUGAUGGGGCUACGGACACCAUGAGCAUCAAGCUCCUUGACCAGGAGAGGAUGUGGGAGAUCUGGCGGACCCAGCAACGCCACAUGCAGUUUAUACAGGACUCACCAGGUGUACAGCUGUACAGGAAGACAGGACAGUUGACCAAGGAUGGGGUCAUUCUACCUGUGUACCGCUGUGCACGUGGCUCAACAUCCCUGGAGUCGUUCCACCUGCACCUGAAUCGCUUCGUGCCAGGUACAAGUGCAAAUGCCUUGCAUUUUCAAAUGGACCUGUUGGAAGGACUGGUGCAGUGGAACGAGGCACGUGGGGUCGCUGCAGUUGAAGGUGCCAGCAGGGAGGAGAUCUGUUAUGGUGGCCAGCUGCUGCAGUACUGUAAUGUACUGAGCCAGCAGCUUCUGGGUCUGAAACUGCCUCAGGAUUACACCAGCCCUGGUGAAUUUAAAGGAGAGCUCUUUGGUUUGGAAUAUUUGUAUUCCCAAACCAGAAGAGCGUUCGAGGAAGACUUAGGUGUAGACCCUGACAUUCCAGAUGUAAUUCAGGGCAGCCCCCUCGGGAACAGACAGCAUCCCUACAACCUCCUGAUCAGCCCUCAUCAACAUCAACAUCAACAUCAGCUGAGUCUUACUCUCCUGCCUUGUCCACUCAGAGCCAGAUGGAGAGUGUGGGACCAGAUGGCCAAGCUGGUUAUGACCACGUCAUUAGGCUGGCUGACAGUCUGGUUGACCUGCGCCUUCAGGGGUUUGUCACUCAGGGUAAGGUGGAUGAGAUUGUUGUGCUGUGGAACAACCUUGCAGCAGGACAUUGAGCCUUUUACUGCUCCUUUGGUGGCCCCUGAACAGCUCCCACCGGUACUGCCAAAACUACCGGAAGCAAUCCAGCAUGGACACUCAUCCUUUGAGUUUGAAAUACCUCAGGAUGCUUCCGGACAGGCAGCACCACGUUCUCGAGGCCAGCUUCCUCCAGUGGGUUUGACACCAGCACCUCAAGUCCCUUCUGCCACUUCUGCCAUACCUGCCUCUGCGUCUGUUCCUGCUGCUACCCAUAAAUCUACCACAGCAUCUGCCAUGCCCAUACCGGUUGAAGGAGCACCUGUACCAGUUGCAGCAGCAGAUGAGAAGAGGGUGCCCAGGACCAAAGCAUGGCGGCGAAAGAAGCUGGCAGAGGCAGCCGCAGCUCAAGGUUUAAACCCUAAGAAACGACAAAUAGCUCAGCAGUUCCUCUGCCAAAAGUGUGGCCAGCCAAAGACUGAAGAAUUUGGCCACAGCCAGUUCCGGUGUGUCCACUUCUGUGCAAAAGCUUCUGGGAAGACUGUGGCACAGUGGAUGGAGGAAGUCAAGAGAGGAAAGACUAAAUAGAC